UGCUGCGGUCCGUGCACAGCAUUAGUAUAACAUGGGGGCUGGAUGCAGCCCGUUCUCCGGAGGACUUCCUUGCCCGCUACAGGAAAGGGAAGACUGAGAGACAAACCUGGGUGCAGCCGGAGAGGUCCAGAUAGAUGAGCUUGUGGCAUCCAUUCCCCAAGUUCAGGGACUCCACGUACCCCAGCUGGGUUUCAUUGCUCCUGAACUGAAUUAGUUAAGAUUACCCAAACUUGGAUUUCAAAGGAAUACGUUCAUUGUUCCAUCUGUCACACCAAGUAACUGGGGCCAGCUGGAUGUCAGGAUGCGUGUGGUUACCAUUGUAAUCUUGCUCUGUUUUUGCAAAGCUGCUGAGCUGCGCAAAGCAAGCCCAGGCAGUACGAGAAGCCGGGUGAAUCAUGGCCGGGCGGGCGGGGGCCGGAGAGCCUCCAACCCAGUCAAACGCUACGCACCGGGCCUCCCCUGUGACGUGUACAUGUACCUCCAUGAGAAAUACUUAGAUUGUCAAGAAAGAAAAUUAGUUUAUGUCCUGCCUGACUGGCCUCAGGAUUUGCUGCACAUGCUAUUAGCAAGAAACAAGAUCCGCAUAUUGAAGAACAACAUGUUUUCCAAGUUUAAAAAGCUGAAAAGCCUGGAUCUGCAACAGAAUGAGAUCUCCAAAAUUGAGAGUGAGGCGUUUUUUGGUUUAAACAGACUUACCACCCUCUUACUGCAGCACAACCAGAUCAAAGUCUUGAUGGAGGAGGUGUUCAUUUAUACACCUCUCCUGAGCUACCUGCGUCUUUAUGACAACCCCUGGCACUGUACCUGCGAGAUAGAAACGCUUAUUUCAAUGUUGCAGAUUCCAAGAAACCGAAAUUUGGGAAACUACGCCAAGUGCGAAAGCCCACAAGAACUAAAAAAUAAAAAACUGCGGCAGAUAAAAUCUGAACAGUUAUGUAAUGAAGAAGAAAAAGAACAAUUGGACCCGAAACCCCAAGUGUCAGGGCGACCCCCAGUCAUCAAACCUGAAGUGGACUCCACACUUUGCCACAAUUAUGUGUUUCCUAUACAAACACUGGACUGCAAAAGGAAAGAGUUGAAAAAAGUUCCAAACAACAUCCCUCCAGAUAUUGUUAAACUUGAUUUGUCAUACAAUAAAAUCAACCAACUUCGACCCAAGGAAUUUGAAGAUGUUCAUGAGCUAAAGAAAUUAAACCUCAGCAGCAAUGGCAUUGAAUUCAUAGAUCCUGCUGCUUUUUCAGGGCUCACACAUUUAGAAGAGUUAGAUCUAUCAAACAACAGUUUGCAAAACUUUGACUACGGAGUAUUAGAAGACUUGUAUUUUUUGAAACUCUUGUGGCUCAGAGAUAAUCCUUGGAGAUGUGACUACAACAUCCACUACCUCUACUACUGGUUAAAGCAUCACUACAACGUCCAUUAUAAUGGCCUAGAAUGCAAAAUGCCUGAAGAAUACAAAGGGUGGUUUGUGGGAAAGUAUGUUCGAAGUUACUAUGAAGAAUGCCCCAAAGACAAGUUACCAGCAUACCCUGAGACAUUUGACCAGGAUACAGAAGAUGAUGAAUGGGAAAAAAUACAUAAGGAUCAUACGACAAAGAAGCAAAGUGUAAGAAUUACUAUAGUGGGAUAACAUAGAUAUUGUCCUGGUUGUAACUAGUUUGUAUUUGCUAUACUGGCAUCAGAAAACCAUGUGUUUACAUUUUGAUUAACUGUGUUGCUUAUUUAUGCAGGGUUAUCCAGCUAAGGAAGCUUUCUUUAAUUAUUAGUGUAAUUAUUAUUGUGACAAUUAUAUAAUCAAGGUAAUAACUUUCAUCCUGCUUUUAUGGAGCAGUCUCUACUAAUACACAAUUCCACACUGGUAACCUGCAGGAGUUGGGUCCUAAUGAUGGCAUUAAAAUUUCAUGAUGUCCUGUAUAAAUGUUUUUUACUGCUUUUUGGCAAUAAAAAAAAAACUUGAUUCAUUUUUA